AUGCUACGCAAUAUGCUUCAGAGCAGCUGGCUCGUGGACGAUGGCAAGCCCUUUGUGCUCUCGAACAUUACCGGCACCGUUUUGCGCAUGGUGCUGGACUGGAUACAGUACCAUCAGGACGAUCCGCAAGACACAGAGGAUGCGGAGAAGAGCUCGGAGCUGCAGGAAUGGGAUGCGAACUUCGUCAACGUCGACCAGGAUACACUCCACAAGCUGAUUAUGGCAGCCUGUUUUCUGGAAAUCGAGGGUCUGGUGGAUGUGACCUGCAAGGCUGUGGCCAACAGUAUUAAAGGAAAGACUACCGCUGAGCUGCGCGAGAUGUUCAACCUCAACGAGAAGAACGCUUCGGCUUGAGAGGCAAAGAAGCGUGAGGGGAGGACUGCCCCUUAACUUUAUUCAUGUGACAUUCCAAAUACUUGUACCCAAGCCUGAACAGGCAAAACUUCAAUCACACACAACACUGCGACACUUUCGUAUCAAUGGUUUCACAUGAAUAAAUGUUAUAUUAAUUGCUAAUAGUUGUAAUAAAUAAGACUUUGCUAAAUUUACUGCGAAGUGAGAUAGCAUGAUGGACAAAAUGCUAAAGUCUUGCUCGUAACCAUCUCUAAACAAAAUGAUGUUUUCCAGCACAGCCAGCAAGCAAACUUGGCUCUGAAAAUUGCAACAGUCGAUAAUCUCUGCUACCAACUCUCAAUGCAUGCUUUUCCCCACAACGCUAUCUGUGUUUUUGCAACUAUUCGGUUCGCAAAGUCCAAUGAUAUACAGCCGUAAUGCAUUUCAGUUCCCACUUGUCACAAUUUUAAAUAAACCGCGCUUGGACCCAUCGCUCACUGCAAUCGAUAGGGAUGGGGUUUUGGAUGGAGAAUAUUUAAUAUUACAUAAAUGUUGUUAAUAUCCGGAAAAGUAUAAAAGCAACAGUAAAAAAUAUUACGGAAUGUAUACUCGGAAUAGUAAGGGAUUAAAACAGAAUAAAUAGCCAUGCACAUAAAAUCACACUUUAUUCAAUGUAUCGAUACGAACAAUCGAUAUAUUUUGUCACAGCUAACUUUCCAUUGAAGAGAGCCACGAGAAAUUGUGCUUAAAGCAAACAAUUUGCUAAAGAAAACGA